AUGCUUUCCCUGAAAACCCGCUUUGCUGGACGCAGACUGUUCUCGUCCUCCAGAUCGGCCCUCCAGGUGAUCUCCAAAUCAAAUGAUCUCAACGGUAAGACCGCAUCUUCGGCAAUGGCCAAGGAUUAUCACAUCAUCGACCACGAAUACGAUGUCGUCGUGAUUGGUGCCGGUGGUGCCGGUCUUCGAGCAGCGUUUGGUUUGGCCCAAGAGGGCUUCAAAGUUGCCUGUGUCUCGAAAUUGUUCCCAACCAGAUCUCACACUGUGGCAGCUCAAGGUGGUAUCAACGCCGCUCUCGGUAACAUGCACCCUGACGAAUGGAGAUGGCACAUGUACGACACUGUCAAAGGUUCUGACUGGCUGGGAGACCAGGACGCCAUCCACUACAUGACAAGAGAAGCCCCAGACUCGAUUAUCGAGUUGGAACACUACGGUCUUCCAUUCUCUAGAACGAAGGAGGGAAAGAUUUACCAAAGAGCCUUUGGCGGUCAAGCCAAGGAGUUCGGUAAGGGUGGUCAAGCAUACAGAACUUGUGCCGUUGCAGACAGAACCGGUCACGCUCUUUUGCACACUUUGUACGGUCAAUCUCUCAGAUACGACACCCACUACUUCAUCGAGUUCUUUGCCAUGGACUUGUUGAUGCACGACGGAAAAUGUGUGGGGUGCAUUGCAUACAACGAGGAGGACGGAACCCUUCACAGAUUCAAGGCUCCUAACACGGUCAUUGCCACAGGUGGUUACGGAAGAGCUUACUUCUCGUGUACCUCUGCCCACACCUGUACCGGUGAUGGAUAUGCCAUGGUCAGCAGAGCAGGUCUCCCAUUGGAGGACUUGGAGUUUGUCCAAUUCCAUCCUUCUGGUAUCUACGGUUCUGGAUGUUUGAUCACUGAAGGUGCCAGAGGAGAAGGUGGAUACCUGUUGAACAGCGAGGGUGAGAGAUUUAUGGAAAGAUACGCACCAACCGCCAAGGAUCUUGCUUCCAGAGAUGUGGUUUCCAGAGCUAUCACCAUGGAAAUCAACGCUGGAAGAGGUGUUGGUCCCCACAAAGAUCACAUGUACCUGCAAUUGUCCCACUUGCCAGCCUCUGUGUUGAAGGAGAGACUGCCAGGUAUUUCUGAAACUGCUCACAUUUUCGCCGGUGUGGACGUUACCAAGGAGCCAAUUCCAAUUCUGCCAACCGUGCAUUACAACAUGGGUGGUAUUCCAACCAAGUACACCGGUGAGGUUUUGACCCAGAACGAGAAGGGUGAAGAUCAGGUUGUGCCUGGUCUUUUCGCAUGUGGUGAGGCCGCUUGUGCAUCUGUGCACGGUGCCAACCGUUUGGGAGCCAACUCCUUGUUGGACCUUGUCGUUUUCGGAAGAGCUGUGUCUCACACCAUUAGAGACAACUUCAAGCCAGGUGCUCCAUUGCCAGAGCUUCCAAGCGACAUUGGUCACGAGUCCGUCGCCAACCUCGACCGUUUGAGAAACGCUGACGGAGAUAUCACCACAGCCGAAUUGAGACUCGAGAUGCAAAAGAGCAUGCAGAAGCACGUUGCUGUGUUCAGAAAACAGGACAUUUUGGACGAGGGUGUGAAACAGAUCACCGAAAUCGAUGGUAAGUUUGACAGAAUUAAGACCACCGACAGAUCCAUGAUCUGGAACUCGGACUUGGUUGAGACCCUUGAGCUGCAGAACUUGCUUACCUGUGCCAGACAGACUGCUACCAGUGCCGCUGCCAGAAAGGAAAGUAGAGGUGCUCACGCUAGAGACGAUUACCCAGAAAGAGAUGACGUUAACUGGCGUAAACAUUCUCUUUCCUGGCAACACGGCCACGGCAAGGACGUCAAGCUCGCAUACAGACACGUCAUUGCUACCACUUUGGACGAGAACGAGUGCAAGCCUGUGCCUCCUGCCAAGAGAGUCUACUAG